AUGACGCAAGUGUAUCACAAAUGCCGUUGCCAGAGUGAUAUGUGUGACACUGCAUCUCUGCUUCGUGCGGAUGCACUCCUCUGCCCGCUUCCGCAUCCACCGGCGCUGCGAGCAAUUGUUAAAUCUACCAACGACUCAGCGGAAGGGCCGCUGAGGAACCCUUUUCAAAAUCGGCGCCAGGGAAAUGCGAGUCAAGGGCAGUCUGCCUCUGUGGGUGCGCCUACUUCUUCCUCUCGUUGCUGUCCCUCUCCUGUCGGGAACUCCACAAAGGGGACAAGUACCGCUGGCUGUACAAACGAGGCGCCAUGCGGCACCGAAGUUUCUCCUCUGGAAGCUUGGGAAGUCGAGAAGCUUCGAGAUGCCUGUCUAGGUCUUCUGCAGCAGUGGGCACCUUUCCGAGAAGGGCGAUCACCGAAUGAUCUCACGUACACCAUUCCCCGUGAGUUCCUCCAGCGACUCUCAGAGUUCAUCGAGAAUGAUGGAUCGGGCAUCGGAAAAGUGCCCCUCCGACUUGCCACAGAUAUUGUACCAGAGGAACACGAAAGGACAGUCGCAGCAGCCGCCCCAGCGGAGGCUCAAGCGGCAGCCACUGGAGCAGGGUUCCUGGCCAUCAGGCUCGCGCGGAUUCUUGAGGAGCGCCAAGCUGAACAGGCGCGUGAAGUGGCGGAAAACACUUCCACGAUGAGUGGGAUUAAAGGGCGUAAAACGGACUUGUUCUGGUAA